AAUAAACAAGGCUUUCAGCACUCUUUAUACAAAAAUCAGCGAUACCAAAAUGUCGUCUAUUUACAGCUCCAUUUACAGUGCACUUAUAUGGAUGUACAUACUGUCUCAAAUCUGUGUGAGUUUGGCUGGGCCAGUACAAUUAUAUGAUGGUACAGAUAAAAUGGCUGCAGAAUCAGACGAUCCACAUUCAGAAACGGGGAGAGUACUUCCUGGUUUUCGAUCGCCCAAGCGUGGUGAUAUGGAAAGCAACUCAGCACUAGAAGAUUGUGAUGAAGAAAAACUUCUCUCCUACUUUUCCAAAAUGCAAGAAAUAAAUCCUGAAAAUGUCGUAACCCUGACAAAACUGAAAAACAUGAAAUACCUUUGCAAAGACGUAGCUCAAAACUUGGACACUAUGAACAACUACAUUAAAACGUGCAGAGUCCCGGGCGGAGAAGACAUUUACAAAUCACUUAUAAACAGUGUCAGACGACUGCAUAAGAAUAUCUGCGAAGAGGGUGAUUUUCAGAAAGAAUUCAUGAACUAUUCGCCUUGUUACUACGACCUGCGUAAGGAGUACGAAACUUGUAUUCACCCAGAUGACUGGACAGGGAACGAACGAAGCAAAUCCGUAUGCAACAUGUACAAACAGCUUGAAGAUUGCUAUUACAACAUAACAGUCGGUACAUGUGGGGAAGGAGCGGCAACCAACAUGAAGACUUUCGUGGGAUGGGUCACCGACAGCGUUAUCACGGUCAGAUGUGAAAACCUGAGCCACAAACCUGUACCUUCAGAUGACUUAGACGAAUCUAAAGGCAAUGGCGGGAUAAAUGUCUACGUGAUGCUCUUCAUUAUUAUAACCGUUCUAGUAAUACUAACUAUCGUCGGUUUCGUAAUUCUGAGAGUCUAUUUAAUUGGUAACAACAAACCAAAACCAGAUACAGACCCCCUACUCCCGAAAGAUGAUGAAUCAGUAAAAAAAUAGUUUAAAACCAAAGUAGCGUGAGAGUUUCCAUCCUUCUGCAUAUAUUGUAGUACUGUAGAAAUCAAAUUCCCCAUUACUUACUCUCUCUCUCUCCACAGCCAGUAUCGCUUCAAUUUGGCGACAGUCAUUAGUGUAUUCCUCAAAUCAUUUGCGUGUUCGCUCGUCAGUCGAUGUGGACUUCUAAAGCCGGGUAUAGAUUGCGCGCGCAGCUGUUCGUUUGUUUAUGCGUAAUAACGGAAGCCAUUUUACCAGUUGACUUCACACUCCAAAGAGAGCGUGUUUCAUGGACGUUCUCGACCCACGUCUUAACUGUGUUGUGUGCAGAAACACGGCCAUUACUGAUGUUAAAAUAGUGGUGGAAUAAUGUUAAAGAGUUUUAACAGCUGACUACACCAAUGAACAGGGAUAUUCAGUGGCCUACAUGUCGACUUGCAAGGUUUACGUCAGUCACCCAAGGACAAUCACAGAAUUCAAGCAGUGGAGAUGCACAGGGAGUAAUGGGGAAGUGGUAUUUGAGGUUCUCACGGCGAUCAGUUUGAAGAUGGCCGUCUUGUGGGUUGUAGCACCGUGUAGUCUGGCAGAAAAGCCUCGAGACUACACGGCACUACAGCCCAGAAGACGGCCGUCUUCAAGUAACGGGGGACUUUUGUUACAGAGUAAAACAAUGCAUACUGAAGGAUGGAAGUCAUCAUUGCGAUAUCAUUUUUAAAAAGACGUCUGUGUCUAUAAAAUGUUUUGUCAUCUUCAUUUUGUUAAAUAGAUAAGUUAUAAAUUA